UCUGUGUCAACAGGUCGCGGCUAGCUGAGGCGGGAACACAUUUCCUUCAGGUUUCUCUCUUAUUUAGAAUCGUUUUACUCUCACAAUUUAAUCGAGAAUAUGGGGCUAGACAAAAUGUAUUGGGAUAAUUCCAUGAUUGUCAAAGCCAUGGAUGAAGCUAUGUUGAAGUACAAGAUAAUGCAUGGACAUGAAGUCCCCUGUGUUUCAGCCGAGGGAGGGGGAGUUGUUAAUGAUUGCGGUAAGAGCGACGAACUGAAAAGGAGCGUAGAUGAAGAGAGCUAUAAUGGAGAAAACAAUGUUGAGUUUGAAGUCGAAGAGACUACAAGUACCUUAGAAGCUAAGGAAAAUAUCGGUGUAGAGCUAUCUAUAGCUUGUACAGAUUUUUCAGAUGCUCUACAUGUGGAAGAGACACAAGAGGAGCCCGUUGAGGACUCCGAUUUAGAAGAGUAUAACCAUCUACUCAAGCAGUAUUAUGAGCUUGAAGAGAAGAGACAGAAGGUUCUAGAACAGCUUUAUCAAUGUGGUGCUGGUGGUUGGAACUACCAGGAUGUGAAUGCAGGUUCUGACGUUGGAACUCAAUGGGGAACAUCUGCUGCUAAUCAAGAACACCCAGUCUCUGCAAGCCAGCCUUCUCAUUACCCAGAAAUACCCUCCUAUUUGCCCACUGGUUAUCCAAUUUUAGCUGGUCCUCAAAGUUCGUCCCUUGUUGAUGAUGACAUUAUCAAAACUGCAAUGGAUUCUGCAACAAGAGCCAUAUCUUCUUCCUUGAAGACUGUAAAUAAAGUGGUGACAGGAAACGUAGUGGUGAACUUCCCAUCAGGUUACGAGCUUUAUGUUUUCAUCUUAUCCUUUUUAACACUCUGCCUCAUCCAUAAGGCAUUGCUUCUCAUGUCUGUAAUUACACUAAAAGGUAUGGGGUUGGCCUUUAACUUGCAUGCUUUAAUACCUUAUGACAUUUUUUUCUUUUUUGGAUCUGUUCAUAUAGUGAAAGAGAGUGAUAGGCAUGAUGAGAUAAUGCCUCAAAGUGGUGAUAGCUCUGAAACAGACCUUGCUACUGUUUUAAAUGCUUGGUAUUCUGCAGGCUUCUACACUGGCAAAUACCUUAUGGAGCAAUCUCAUGCCAAGAAAUAGUGAAAACCAAGUUUCCUCAUGCUUGCUUAGUUCGUGUUACCAAUUUUUCCCCACUUUUCACAUCCAUGGUAUAUGUGUGGCUAUGCUACAACUCUAUAAAUCUCUUUGCACCGAAUUUGCUUGUACAAAAGAAAGCCCAACUUUUAUCUAAAUGAGUUUGAAUUUUGCAGUACUUUUA